AUGAACGAAAAAUCCUCUGCUAAUAGAAAGAGAUAUUAUUCAGGCCGCCCUAUUAAUCCAGACUAAUAAACUGCCCGUAGAGCUGAAAUUGAGCUUAAGCAAUUUGACAAACCAGUUUUGGACUUCGAAGUAAACAGAACUUCGAGGAUAAAAAAUAAAUCAAGAGCUGAGAAGUCAGGAACCACAUUGAGGGGAAUAGGGGGCAUCUCUGACAAUUUAAAGCCUUUUAUUGAGUAAAAUGUCUCUGGAUCGGGUUUCUCAAAUAAAUAGAACGAGGAUUAGACUCCAUACAGUAAUAUAAAUCGAGCAAGUACAAUGCUUAAUAGCUAUCAAUAGAACGUACCUGCUUUCUCAGAAAAUGGGCUAAUGAUAUCCCCAAUUCAAAAUCAUAGAGAAGUUCUAUCAAAAUAGGCAUCUCAGGCAGAAUUGAGGCAAUCAAUGAAAAAUGAAAUCAAGAGAAGGUCUCUCUGCAAGACAUUUUUAUUCACCAUUGGAUCUCUCAUAUUUCUCUCAUUGGCUUUCAUAGUUCUUGGUUUUAGAAAGUAUGAUAUGAUAGUGAGUUUGUUCAUAGCUGAUGCUGAGGAGACUGAUGAAAAAUAUGUGAUUCCCUAUUAUUCAUAAAAGAUGAUAUUCAGUUGCAUUGUUUUUGCGAUAUCCUCGAUUCAAAUUCUGACUACGAAUCUGAUAUCAUAUAGGAAAUAUGGUGUGUUCUAAUAAAGUGAAUUUUACACUGUGCCCUAUGAGACUCUUAAGACUCUUUAAAUUUUUCUAUGCUUGAUUGGCAGUCUCUUGCUUCAGAUAGCAUUUAUUACCUAUUUUUAUUCUCUAGAUGAAAUUUUGAGACUUGGGUUUAAUACAAGCAUUAGCACAUCAAUUCUUUCUCUGCUAAGUAUGUUUACUGUACUAUUUCACUAUUUAUUCUUUGGAAAAAGAGUUGCAAUAAUCUAGAAAUUUGGAUUAUUUGUGAGUUUAUUAGCAUUCAUAUUACUGCUGAUGUCAUUAUCCGAACCAAACCCUCUUAAUAUCGAUAAGAUAGCUUAAUAGAAUUACGAAACAUACAUGCUUUUAGGCUUGAUUGUUAUGAUUGUAAUUUUGGUUACUUCAAUUCUUCAAAUCCAAUAUGAGAUAAAAGAUAAAGGACAAAUCAAAUUCACCACAAGCACAUCAGUGAUACUAUUCUUCCAUGGUCUAAGUUCUGUAGUCUCCAUACUUAUUAUGGUUGGAUAAGAUUAAUUAUACUAUAAAGAUGACAUCAAUGGAAUAUCAUAGAAAGAAAUCACGACUCAGAUGAUAUUCAUAAAUUUUGGAGCAAUAUUCUUUACUGUUGGGAUGCACUUGAUAAGUCAGGCAUUGAAUAAGAGAAAUUUCUCAAGAAUCUACUUAUUCUUGGUUUUUGUCCCUCUCUUCCAUUUGCUCCAAGAGUAUCUCUUGGAUAAAUCCAAAUUUGAUGCUGCAUAAAUCGCAAGCCAUUUAUCACUGGUAUUUGGCUCAUUCUUAAUAGUUAUUGGAGAACCUAAACAUUCAUAUGAGCAUCUCUAUCAGAACUAAAAUGAAAACAAUUCAAAGUCCUAAGCAGUUCCUCUAUUACAAGAUUUCCCAGCUAAAGUUGAAGGUGGGAAAAAGAACAAGAGAUACAAGACUAAGGAUGAUUUCUUUAAUCUAGAAAUAAAAGCAAGUAUAAAUGAUGAUACUAUAUUAUGA